ACCAGCCAAGAAUCCAGAAGAGGAAGAGAAACACAAAGAGGAAUAUACCAAGAUGUUAAAAGAAGCCAAAAGAAAGAACUGAAGCUGUACAAGCAGAGGCUGAAGAAGAUGGCCCAGCAGCUCAAGUAUGAAGACGGAAUCAAAUCCUCUCUCCAUGUAUGGCAGCAUGAGAUACUACCAAAGUGGGAUGAAGUUAAGAAGCACAAGAAGACGAGGGAUAUUUGGUGGCAGGGGGUUCCCCCAAGUAUCAGAGGGCGUGUCUGGAUGCUGGCCAUCAAGAACGAACUCAAUAUCACUCACGAAUUGUUUGAGAUCUUCCUAAUCCGUGCCAAAGACAGAAUCAGGAUAUGCAGUGAGUCAGAGUCAGAGGGCAUCGGUCUUGAAGAAAUCCAUGCUGCCAGUCGGGAGAACAGCGUCGAUGUUAUCAAGCUAGAUGUAGCAAGGACAUUCCCGCAUUUAUGUAUAUUUCAGAAGGGAGGUCCUUACUUUGAUCUGCUUCAUGGUGUAUUAGGAGCUUAUGCAUGCUACAGACCAGAUGUGGGAUAUGUGCAAGGGAUGUCAUUCAUCGCAGCUGUCUUUCUGCUGUAUCUAGACGUAGCUGAUGCUUUCAUUUGCUUCGCCAACCUCCUCAACAAAUCUUGCCAGCUAGCUUUCUUUAGGCUUGAUCAACAAGUUAUGCAAUCAUAUUUCAAUUCUUUUGAGGAGUAUUACCAAGACCAUCUGCCAAGGCUCUUUGCUCACUUUGACGAGCUUGGUAUCUCACCAGACCUCUACAUCAUUGACUGGAUGUACACUCUGUACAGUAAGUCAUUACCUCUGGACGUGGCCUGCAGAGUCUGGGAUGUGUUCUUCAGGGAUGGAGAAGAACUGCUCUUCAGGACAGCUUUAGGUAUCCUGUCCCUGUACGAGGACGUCCUGCUCACCAUGGACUUCAUCCAGGCCGCUCAGUUCCUCACCAACAUCCCCGUCCACAUCGACAGCGACAAGCUCUUCAAGCACAUCGACAACAUCGACAUGCACCAGAAGAAGUUUGGCCAGGUCCUCAUGCAGCACCUGGCGGCCAACCUUGCAAAUCAUUCCGGUAACUCGUGAAGCAAGCGGUGGCCGUUGAACGCAUGCAGGAGGACAGGAGGACAAUGGCAUAUACAGUCAAACCUGUCUAGAGUGACCACCCAAGGGUAACACAAAAAGUAGUCUUUGAAGACAGGUGGGUUUCACCCCUUCCUUCCGACAAUGUCAGGAAUGCCAGUCUUCAGGGGAUCGUUUCACGAACCGUCUAUCAAAUUUACUGACAUCCCAUUUAAACACAUGUUAGAUUUAAUACAAGCAUUUCAGUGGUUUGUCAGCAAACUUGUACUUGUGACAGUUUCCUGAAACGCUGCCCGGGUCUCAUAGUCUUAUGAAACCUGUCUUGAGUGGCUACCUUAAGAAUACAUUCAAAGGCAACAGACAGUCUGAAUGGAAUGGUGUUUGAAUCUGUAGCUCUUGUUCGUUGGAUCUGAAUAAUUUAUAUCCUUGUGACCUUUAUGCGGAUGAAUCCACGACAGUGGGUGUUUUGGCAUGUGUAGUUUACAGAAGAGUAAGAAUUUUAUACUUGCCUUAUGUACCUCGAUGAUUGAAAGCUUGUAGAGAAUAUAUGAUUUACUUGAAGCUUGCAAUAUUAUGAAACAAGGGUUACAAAAUACUACAGCAGCAUGAUCAUGUAGAUUUCACUGUUUCUACAUAUCAUUUAGCCAGCAAUACCUCAAAAAUACCUACCGGUACUUUAUAUAAGAGAUAAAGAUUGGGAAUUGGUUUAUAGUAUGUGUUGCCCAUGCCCCCACUCACUUUCCCUUUUUACCCAAUAACAGAAUUUUAAAAAAAAGCUAGGGAGUGAUGUCUUAACUUGGCUACUUUAGCAAACUGUGAUGAGGAAUGAAUUGAAACUAAGUAAAACACCUCUUUUUUAUAAUUAUAAUUUUUGCAAUAUUGGUAAGCCUCCGAACCAGUAUAUUGGUGUUCUUUGAUUUUGAUUGAUAUAAAAGCAAUAUUUUUUUUUUCAAUUCCAAGUGAUGGCAAAAUGGGUUGUAUUUAUUUUCUUCAAUUCAGAAUAUAUAGCAUAUAUAAGUUGAUACAAUCUUUAAUUUUCCUGGCAACCAAUAAAUGAGAUCAAGUAUUUCCUUUACGCAUUAUAAUAUCAGUGAAAUUUUUACAAAGGUUGAUUUUAAAAUGUUUCUCAGACUUUCCCACAUUAAAACAAAAAUAUAAAAACAGGAUCAUCAACAAAAAAUUCAAUGUUGUGGCGCUAAUCUUUUCUGCCCAAAGAUAGACACAAACCAUUGGUUGCCUUCACCAUAUGGUAAAACAGAACCAUAUGAUUUUAAUACAACCAUAAUGAUGUGAAAGGAAUUGUGAUUAUUUUUCUGAGAGGGACAUUGUUGCGUACAUGUUGAUACGUAGAGGCAUUUAAAUAUGAUUGAAAACAGUAAGCUUGUUGGCCAAGUGUUGGAAGUCUUCAGUUUUGAUGCAAGAUGCUUUCCAAAAGUUGCAUGUUACAUUAUACGCACUGUAGGCUAAACCUGAGAUCAUGCAAAAUUAAGACCGAUAGAAAUUGGUAUAAAUGAAGAAAAAUAUAGAUAUAUGUAGAUUGUCUUUGAUAAGUCAAAGACUUCAUUCAUCACUGCUAUAUGCACAUCCAAAUAAUUACCAUUUACCUGUUGAAACUUUAUAUCCACAAAUGUCAUGAACUAUUGUGCAUUUUGCUUCUUUUUUUUUUAGUGCCCUUACAUUUACCCAAGCUACCUUCUCUAGAUACAGGAUUAACCCUUGAUAAGUUCCUAGAAAAGAAAAAAAGAAAAAAAAAACCCUAUUACUACUGUCAUAUUAUAUCAUUUAUAUAUCCUUUACAUGCUUUCAUCUAUACCCUUCUUGAAUGAGAGCACUUUGAAACGAUUCCAGUCAAUUUGCGUAAAGUAAACUUUUCAAAAGUUAUUUUGAUUUGUGUUAUUGUUAGAAGUUUCGUUAUACUAUGAAUUUCCUUUUCUAUUGUCCUAAGUUUUAAGUAGUUCAAAUAUUUGCUAAGAAACAGAUUAUUUCUAUAUUAUAUGUGUUUAUUUAAUGGGCCUUACUUACAGAAUUAUGACUAUGAUUGCUCUUUAGUCUUGCACAGAGCAGGAGUCAAAUUAGUACUAAAUUUUUCUUAUUAUUUCUGAUAUAUUUUCUCCAACUCCUAUAUAUAUAUAUAUAUAUAUAUAUUCAAUUUCUCAUUUUUUUGUCAUCUUUUAUCACAUUCCUUGGAUGUAAUAUGAAGUGAAUCAAUAAUCAUUAUUAUGUUUCGUAAACAAUGUUUGGAUGCAAAGAAAUGCAUGUCUGAAAACUUGGCUAGUUGCAUGUCGCCCUCUAUCUUCAUUAAACAGAAAUUUGAGAGUGAAAUGGUAGAGAUACACAUUCUUCAUAGUCCAUUGAAAGAAAAUGCAUACUUUGAUUUCCUUUGUUUCGAUAAUUCAAACUGUUUUUUAUCCUAUUUCAAUGUAUGACUCUUGAUUUUAAUUGAAACUUAAACCAGAAUACUGACUCCAACCGACUUAUUACUGGGGUGAUAUGAUAAAAAAAAAAUAAAUAAAUAAAUAACAACAUUUAUAAUGCGCACAUAUCCACCCCAAGAGAUGCUCAAGGCGCCUAACAAGGUAAGUACAUUGAACGAAAAUAAUUUAACAUAAUUAAAUAUAAUUCAACAACGUUAAUUACAUCAUAUUUUGAAAUACAUGAUUACUGUUAUUUCUUCAGUCUGUAGACGGUCUGGUGUCUCAUGUCUCGUUGGUUUAACUAAGGUAUUAAAAUUGUGAUAUCAAGAAAUUCACCAAAGCCAGAUUCAGUCUUACACAAUGUAUGAUCGUUUGAAUGCAUAUGGAUCUAAAAUUUAACUUACGAAUGGAUUGUUUUUGGCAGUAUCAACUUACGUAUUGCUUGUUGAAGCACAAAUUGAUAAUAUUAGAUAUGAAAAUCAUAUAUUAUCAUAGUGAUAAUAAUCUCUUUCGUUUUCUAUAACUUCAUGUAUUUUUAGGAUGUUAAAUCUUGAUGAAUAUCAAUCCACUUGCAUCUAUGGCUAAUUGGCUAUGUGGAGUAGAUUUUUCAUUUUAUAUGCAGUAUGUAUUUAUCCUUUUCGUUUUAGUUUCAUACAUGUAAGUCCAGGAGUGUGAUAACACCAGGAACUUAUCAUUUCUACCAAAAAAAAGAAAAAUUAUAUAUACUACCGGUACUUAUAUAGCAGAUAUUUUAUAUGUAAACAUUGUAUAACAUUAUUUUGAUAUUUGGUGGGAAAAGUGGUCUUUUUAAAGUGACUUUUGUGAAUGUGCUGCCAACAGUGUGGAGAUACCUGCAUUGACGGUGAAAAAAUUCUUGACAACGAUGUGAAAAAUUAUAUCAAGUAUUUUUUUUCCCUAUCAAUUUUUGAAUGGAAUUUUGUGGUGGCAUGAAAUUGACUAUGGAUGCAAUAAUAUGUAAAUGGUUUAUACUCUUUGCAUUUACGUACUUGUAUCUAUAUAAUUAUAGUGAUGAAGA